AAAAUGGCUUCAAAUAAUCUGUACGUACUUGAAGCACUUGAUACGGCCCGUACUCAAUGGUAUCAUGUCAAAGCCAUUGUUAUCGCCGGGAUGGGUUUUUUCACAGACGCGUACGAUUUAUUUUGUAUCUCCAUGGUUUCUAAGCUUUUGGGCCGGCUUUACUAUUCCGACGACCCCACGAGCCUACACCCCGGGAAGCUCCCAGACAAUGUGAACAACGUCGUGAUCGGGUCGGCUCUUGUUGGAACUUUUGCAGGACAACUUAUGUUUGGUUGGCUCGGUGACAAACUUGGUCGUAAAAAGGUUUACGGUGUGACUUUGAAACUGAUGAUGGUUUGUGCUAUUUGUUCGGGUUUGUCUUUUGGGUUUAGUAGAAAAGCAGUGAUUUCUAGUCUUUGUUUUUUUCGGUUUUGGCUUGGGUUUGGUAUUGGGGGAGAUUACCCACUCUCGGCGACUAUUAUGUCUGAGUACGCGAAUAAAAGUACUCGUGGAUCGUUUAUUGCAGCCGUGUUUGCGAUGCAAGGAGUAGGGAUUAUAUUUGCUGGAUUAGUUUCCAUGACGGUUUCUAAGCUUUUUUUAAAUCAUAAUCCUGCCCCAUCUUUCAUAUCAGAUCCCAUACUCUCCGUACAACCAAAUGCAGAUUACGCGUGGAGAAUUGUUCUCAUGAUUGGAGCUCUUCCGGCUCUGCUAACGUAUUACUGGCGUAUGAAAAUGCCGGAAACAGGAAGGUACACCGCGAUUAUUGAAGGAAAUGCUAAACAAGCCGCGUCAGAUAUGGGCCGGGUUUUAGAUAUUGAGAUCUUAGCCGAACAAGAUAAACUGGCCAAGUUUAAGUCGAAUAACGACUACCCUAUCCGGUCCAAGAAAUUCAUGGAUCGACAUGGGCUUCAUUUAAUCGGAACAAUGAGUACUUGGUUUCUGUUGGAUAUUGCAUUUUAUAGUCAAAAUUUGACGCAAAAGGAUAUAUUUCCAGUAAUGAAUCUGACUGAUCAAGCAACAGAAGUGAAUGCUUUACAGGAAAUGUAUCAGCUUUCUCGGGCCAUGCUAGCGAUUGCGAUGCUUGGGACGUUUCCGGGCUACUGGUUCACGGUGGCGUUUAUUGAGAAACUCGGCCGGUUCAAUAUCCAGCUUAUGGGGUUUUUUAUGAUGUCUCUUUUUAUGUUUAUAAUGGGAGUCCAGUACGAUUUUCUCGCAACAGAAAAAAACAGGUGGUGGUUCGCAAGUCUAUAUGGGCUAACUUUUUUCUUCGCGAACUUUGGGCCCAAUAGCACCACGUUUGUAUUACCAGCUGAGUUGUUUCCGACUAGGGUGAGGUCUACUUGUCAUGCGUUGAGCGCGGCGGCUGGGAAGGCUGGGGCGAUGGUAAGUGCAUUUGGGAUUCAGAAAUAUACUUUAGACGGCGAAAAGCACAAGAUCAAGACCGCGAUGAUUAUACUGGCCGUAACGAAUAUGUUGGGUUUUGGAUGUACUUUUCUGUUAACGGAGACAAAAGGCCGAUCGUUGGAGGAGAUCUCCGGCGAAGAUGGAAGCAAAGACGCGGCGGAGGCCGAGAGAAGCAAUAAAGGACGUCAUUAUAACCUACAGGCGAUUUGA